AUGGCUUUUGCGGUUCGUCACAAGCUGUCUGGUGUUGCUUUGCAAGAUUUGCUCUCACUCGUUGCCCUGCAUUGUCCAAAACCGAACAAGUGCAUUGCUGAAAUGAAUCACUUCCAUCACUUUUUCCAAGCACUAAAGCAUCCCAUUGUAAAGCAUUAUUACUGCCCAAAUGUCAAAUGUAAAGUAUAUGUGGGAAAUUCAAAGCCAAAGAGUGAAGAUCUGUGCAAACUUUGUCACACAAAGCUUGAGGAGGCAACCUAUUUUAUUGAGAUACCUAUCUUGGAACAACUAAGAACCAUUCUAUCAAGUAAGUAGUCAAAUAUACAACUAUUAGUUUAGAUAACUUUUUGACAAAGGGCCUUCCCUCGAGACGUCAAAGAAAUUGCUUUCUUAUUUUUCAGGUAGUUGAAUGAACAACCUUCCCUUAAUUCGCAAUAGUAUAUAUGUCUCCUACUUAAUACGGUCGUCAAACUCUUAUAGUGACAGGCAUCUCUCUUGAGCAGACACCUCUUUUAGGCUGAUACACCUGCACAAUCCUAAAAUAAACUGGGAGAACUUGAAUGUAGUGCAUUGAAAUACUCACCACCAGGGGCUGCAGAACCAUGGGGGCAACAGUGGCAGGUGCCCCCCCCCCCCACACACACACACCUUUUGAAAAUAUUUUCUGUUCCAAUUAGAUUAUCUUGAUUGUAAAAAGCUAACUUUAUGUCUGUUAACAUGUAGGGCCUAAAAUGAUUGAGAAACUACAACAUCGGUUCUCCAGGAAAAAAGUUUGUAAUGAUGCAAUUGAAGAUGUCUACGAUGGGAAGCUAUACAAAGAAUUCUUUCGUCCUGGUGCUUUCUUAUCACACCCACAUAAUAUAUCCUUUCUGGGAAACACUGAUGGGGUUGCCUUGAUCCGGUCAACAAAUUGUGGUGUAUGGCCAGUCUACUUGGUAAUUAAUGAACUUUCUCCUUGGGAAAGGUAUGUGUAUUCAAUCGGUUGAAGUCUAGCAUAAAUGAUUGUAGACAAAGUAAGCUGUAUUUACUGCAUAAUUAAUUAUAUAAUGGUACUUUAUAAUGGAUUGUGGCAUGUAAAACAGUGAAUGCUUUAGCAACAGCUAUUAGAAAGCAAGUCUAUAGAUUCUUUCAACAUUACCAAACUAAAACUUUUGAACCUAAUGUUUACAACUACAUAUUCAGUGCACAAUAUUUUAAGUUGACUGAUUCACGACUCACAAGAGAUAUACAGUAAGAGUGUAAUAUACAACCGCCAACUUUAAUACAAUCGACCCUAAUGUCUAUCAGGAAAUGUGGAUAAUCUUGAUCUUGGUGUAGAUAAUUCUUGGAUUCAAUAAUUAUCUUGCACAUACAAUUAUGAUAAACACAGCUGACUAUAUUGUAAUUUAAUUAAAGAGUUUUAUAUGGAAUCUAUACCAAGAAAAUUCUGUAGACAAUUUUCAAUGUUGGACAUGUUGUGUAGGUCAGUAGGUGGUGAAUUGAAAAUUGUCUGCAGGUUCAUAGCCCGAUCAUUUUUUUGGACAACAUUACAGGCUGUAAUUUCAGUUAGUAUAUAACAAUUGACUGAUUGUGCCUGAAACGAAAUGGUACUGAAUAUCCCAUAUACAAUCGCCCAAUUCUAAAUGUCUGUUAGUCACUAAUGUUUUGUGGGAAUUAGGGAAUACUGCAUUUUUAUUGUUUUAAGUGUGUUAGUGUAUGUUUAUAAUACCAUGCAACAAUAACUGUAUAACCCUUUCACCUAGGCCUAAAAAAAAUGAUGAAUAAAAAAAACUUCCAUGACACCUUUCGUAGUUCCUCAUAAGAAUCCGUUGAAAUAUUAAAUAUUUUUGUCAUACUAUAGUGCCUGCCACUGGUUAUAAAUUGUUUACAAUCUACAAGGUGAUACAGUGACCUAGCUGUGAUGCAAUUUUGAGUACGGUACCCAGAGGCAAUGUUUGAGAUCCAGUACUGUAAAUAUUAUCUUUUCACAAACAGGCUUUUCAGAUAAUCUCUUAUUUUAGAUUCCGAAGAAGCAACAGAAUUUUUGCUGGAUUGUGGUUUGGCAAAGGGAAACCACAUUUCCCAACAUUUCUCAAGCCAUUCUCUCUGGCCAUUCGUGAUCUUGGUACUAAAGGUAAACAGCUUAAUCUAAUUUUGCAUUCCAAGUGGCACUUGUUAUCCUGCUAUCCUAAUAUUGAAAUCGAAAAAAAUCAUGUUGACAGAGACAACAAGUGAUUUGAACUCAUCCAACAAACAGAAAUGUACUGACAGUACUAUAACAGUAGCAUUAAACGCACAAGAUAAAAAAAACUAUAGUAUUCUUACCACUAUCUGCCUGACUGAAUUGACUGCGACUGUUGACUGAUCAACGAGAACAACCUUUAACAUAUAAUAGAAAUUCUGAUUCUUAUCCCAUAUUGUGCUUUUGACAGGAGUGCAUGUUGCUGAGUCAGUUUGCGUAAAAGCUAUGUUCUUAGAUAUGACUGUCGACGCCCCCGCAAGAGCAAUGUGGCAAGCCAUCAAACAGUUCAAUGGUUAUUGUGGUUGUGGGAAGUGCAAAGAACCUGGCCAACAACUAGAUUUAGGGCCAGGGCGAAACGGUAGCCGCAGAAGGUACCAUGUGUAUCCGUUUAACAAAUCUUUUGCAGCCACGUCUGGUCAUGCUGGUGUUAGAAUCCAUGACGAGAUGAAACAACAGUCUCUGGAAGCUUUGAGAAAAAGAAGCGAAGGGAAAAAAGAUGUGAGUUCUUGUUAGUUGCUUUCACCCCAUUGACCAACUUCAAUCUGUUCUUAGGAAAUUCUUCUUAUUAGUAGUAUGCGUCUGCAUGAUACAAGUAUUGACUGUUAAUUAUUAAACCACAGGAGUGUUUUGGUGCAUUUCCUCGGCGUGUUGUAGCUGUAAUUGUAUUAUGUACAAUUAGGUCUAGUUUAUAAUAGUUACAACAUAGAUGCUUUAAUUGUUUUCAGAUCUAUAUGUAUGUUUGGCUACACUGUAUUAUAUGUGAGAGUAUACAAUGUCAUGUUGUUAAUUUACCUGUAUUACAUGAAUUUAAUUGUAUUGCUAUAGUUUUCAGUUCAGGCUGUCAUUGGUCUUUCUUGGGGAUUUGGGAUUCCUUCAUAUGAUGUCGUCAGAGGAAUAGCAGUCGAUUAUAUGCACUGUAUAUGCGAAGGAGUGGUUGAUCAAUUGAUUUCUCAAUGGCUUAAGAAGUCCAAUACAAAAGCAGACUUUUAUCUGGGAUCCAAGAUUGAAGAUAUAAGCAAGGAACUGUUAUCAAUCACACGAACAUGUGAGAUUACAUGGACACCCAGAAGCCUAGAAGAUAUCAAAGACUGGAAAGGUAACGAUGAUUCCUAUUAUUUUAUUCGCUGCAUGUAUGAGUGAGCAGUUUCAGACAACCGUUGACGUUCAUACUAACUAUGUAAUAAAUUUGCACAUACAGACUUGAUUUUCUUGAACGAAAAACGUUGUGUUAUUUCAAAGAGCACAUAAGAAGUAAUUAUUGUAUCCAGGCAAUAAUAUAUACAGUAUAUGUAUAUAAUUUGUUGUUUUUGAAUAAUUAAUUGUAGCUUCAGAAAAACGUGCAUUCUUGCUAUUUUAUGCUGUGCCACUGCUGAGGAAUCGUUUGCCUCCUGACCACCUCGUCUUCCUAAUGUAUUUGUGUGGAGGGUUAUUCCGAUUGCUGAAGAAGUCAAUUUCUCGUGAAGAUUUACAAGAGGCGCAUACCUACUUGAAGUUGUUUGUCGCACAGGCACCUGUUCUUUAUGGUAUGUAAAAAUAAGUGUUCUCACUGGUUUGGAACAUGAAUAUUUACGAACAUACAAUUUUGUCGUGUGCGCGCUCGCUUACUCCAAAGUCUCUCAACAGAACGCCUGCAACGCAGGCUUAUUAUUUUUAUGUAGUCGGUUUUCUUUAAUGAACUGUGGUAUAUGCAGUAUCUACAGUACAAUACAUAUCUUAGUAUAUGAAUACCAAUAAUAUAAAACAUUAAAUUAAAUCUCAAAUAUUUUUGUUUUAGAAUUACAAAAAUGCCAAAAAAACAUUGUUAGAAUACCUCUUCAAUAACGAAUAUGCCUUUUCCGGGUUUGAGUUUUCAUAAAAGUGAAAACAAUGUGAAUGAAUCCUCAUAAUUCCCUUUAGGAAAAUUUGCAAGUGAGGCAAACAUGGCGAAAAAAUACAUUUUACUGUAUAUAUUUAUCAUUUCUUUUUCAGGGAAGCAAUUUCAGACAUUCAACGUGCACCAGCUUCUACAUUUGUCCGAGGUUGUUGAAGAUCUCGGUCCUUUGUGGUCGAAAUCGUGUUUUCCUUUUGAAGACUAUAAUGGUGAUCUGCGAGAUUUGUUUCAUGGCACACAAAAUGUGGAUGGCCAGGUCAGUAUAUCUACAGUAUGCAUGUUACAGCGUGCUGUACAGUGGCAUUCAGUCCAAAAGUCGAAGAAACCAGCGUGACCAGGGUCUCUCCCUGGGUACGAGGUUGAUUGGAGACUCGUGAUUUGUCAGCUGCAUGCAUAAGCGUAUGAUAAAGUGCAUUAUAGUGUGCAAUCACUGUGUUUAGUCAACUAUUAGUCAUUAAAUUUUCUCGAUUUAUUAUUUUUUAUAGAUCGUAACAGCUGUGUCGAUCAUCCAAAAGUUACCUGAAAUUGCAAGAUCACCUACUACUUCUCCCAGCGUUACGGCAUUUUACGAGCAUUUGACAAGAAAGGGUCACCGAACAUGGUGAGAUUGUUACUCAAUCUAAAAUCUUUCGUACUAUGUAUACCUUGUGCCACAAUUAGUACAUGUUCAAACAGCUAAAGCACUAUGAAUAAGAAACCCUUUCUCGAAUUUAAAAGAUUUUAUGGAGCCUGCAGCUACACUUAAUAAUAUUUAUUUGCUUUUAAUUUUUUAUUUUUAGUUCCAAGAAAGAAACAAUAUCUGAGUCUUUAUAUGUGGUUGGCUCACUUGAAAGAGUAUGGAGUAAUUCAAAACUGCUUAGUAAAGAACAGUUGAAUUCUCUCCCAAAUAAUUCUGGGAAAAUAUGUUUAUUUCGACGGUUCCUGAUUGGUGGAACGUUGUUUCACAGUGCAAGCUAUAGAAGAGUUGUUGCGAGAAAUGACUACACUGUUGAGUUUGAAAUGAAUGGCGUAAAGAACUUUGGCGCAAUUCAAGUUUAUGUAAAGGUUGAAGACAAGUGUUUUCGUCUCAGAUGCAGAGAUGGGCAAAAGUGUUUCUGUGAGCUUGCAUGUAGCUACUUUGCUCUUAUCGAAACACUGGUCGAAGACGACCAACAGCUUCCAAUGUUCCAUAACAAUGUAGUAGUGAAUCACAUCAGGAAGGUCAAUCCAUCCAACAGGUACACUUCGUACAAUAGAGUCAGACUGCACCGAUCAUUCCUGGAACGUCUCUUAUGA